AUGGCCGAUUAUUUCAGACGAUUGGCCUCACAUGCUACAAGGAAUCAUUUGGCCAUCGUUGAUCCAGUCUCGCCGGAAACAUCGACAUCGAUACACCACAGCUAUGCUCAACUGCUCUUGCGCGUCACCAUCUUUAGCGAGAGGCUCAUUACUGCCGCUCAGGAGACUCAGAGACAUCUUGAAGGCGCAAGGGUCGGGUUGAUGGUGCCUCCAGGACUAGACUUUGUUGCGUCUCUGCUAGCUAUCUGGAGCGUCAAGGCUAUUGAAAUCACCCACACAGUAACAGACUCUAGACAAGAGUUCAUCAUCUAUCACGCAGAAUAUAAAACCAAGAUCAGCCCACUCCUCCAGGGGAGAUGUUGUAUCGAUGUAACCACCAUCAUGCCCGAAGCGAGACCAAAAAAGGUUGUGGUGCCACAGUCUCAACGCCAUCAACUCUCUCCAUACUAUAUUGCUAACUAG